GCACCAGCCCAGAGAAUGGGGUCUCCUGCAAGAUUCUCCACUCUCAGUAGGCCCUGGACCUUGACUUCUCUCUAGACUACAUACAGACAUGGAACCAGAGCUUAAGUGGUGUGGCAUCAAUAAAUGCCUUCCAGACAAAGAGAGCCUUGGUACCAUUACCAGAAACCAGUCUUACAUUACAGACUUAGAUCUUCUAUCAAGAUGGUCAAGAAAAAAUUUUCCAGUUCUAUUUGGUUUUCUUUGUUUAUUUGCUCAUUUUUCGCUUGAUUCUUGGUCUUUUUUUGGCCUGUGCUAUUAUUCAUCCCAGUACAUGCUGCCUCAACUGGCUACAACAUGUUUUCUUUCCCCCAACUGUCCUUUGCUGAGUUAACUCUUCCUUAUGCUUCAAGAUAGUCCUGGAAUCAUCUCAAGAAAUCUUAUCCCAUUUCCUCCCUGAAAAAUCAGAGUUUGGUGUCCCAGUGUACUUCUAUAGCAGACACAGGAGAUAUAUUUAGCAGCCAGUAUUUUUUAUUGCAAAGCUAGGGUAGUUGUGGUUCAAGGAUAGAAUUCUCACCUUCUGUGUAGAAGGCCUGGGUUUGAUUCCUGGCCAAUACACCUUAUGUACAGCCGCCACCUGUCUGUCAGUGGUGGCUUAUGUGUUGCUAUUAUGCUGAACAGAUUUCCGUGAAAUUUCCAAACCAAGAGAGACUAAGAAGGAAGGCCUGGUGAUCUACUUACAAAAAUCAGCUGAUGAAAUUCCUAUGGAUCACAAUGGUCUAAUAGCACAGGCCUGGGCAACAUUUCAUUCCAUUGUCCGUGGGGUCACCAUGAGUCAGAGUUUGCCUUGACAGCAGCUAACAACAAUAACAGCAACAUUGCAGAGGUACUAGCCAAUCAGAAUAAGCACACAGGCCAAUAAGAAUAUAUGCCAGCUAUGAACAACCAGUACCAGUGUGUACUGGGUGAAUAUCAGCUGUACUCAAAGGAUAUACUACGAUAAGUUGGGAUAUGCUGUACACACUAUCAUGGUACCUCUCAUGCUUUGUAAUUUUUUUGUUUACCCAUCUCCUUUGUUGUCUGUGAGAUCCUUAUGGACCGGGGACAUUCUUACUCACCCUGGAAUCCUAUGUUGCAUGAUUCUUGGUACAACGAAAACCUCAAUAAAUAUCUUUUGAAUGAAGUAAAGGAAAUCUAUAUUAAGGGAACUACCUUGAAAGUAAAACACUUUAUAAUACUAAUUAAAUAAAUCACUUUCUAUUACUUCAUAGCUUUAACCACUGGAAAUUCACUAACAAUGAAUCCUUUUCCCUCAUCCUGUUGGAACACCUCUGCUGAACUUUUGAACAAAUCCUGGAAUAAAGACCUUGCUUAUCAUACCCCCAGCAUUGUUGAUACAGUCAUUCUCCCUUCCAUGAUUGGGAUUAUCUGUUCAACAGGGCUGGUUGGCAAUAUCCUCAUUGUAGUCACUAUAAUAAGCUCAAGAAAAAAAACAAUCCCUGACAUUUAUAUCUGCAACCUGGCUGUGGCUGAUUUGGUCCACAUCAUUGGAAUGCCUUUUCUUAUUCACCAGUGGGCCCGAAGAGGAGAGUGGGUAUUUGGGGGGCCCCUCUGCACUAUCAUCACAUCCCUAGAUACAUGCAACCAGUUUGCCUGUAGUGCCAUUAUGACUGUAAUGAGCGUGGACAGGUACUUGGCUCUCGUCCAACCAUUUCGACUUAAGAGUUGGAGAACAAGGUACAAGACCACCUGCAUCAAUUUGGGCCUCUGGGCAACUUCCUUUAUUCUGGCAUUACCUGUCUGGGUCUACUCAGAGGUCAUCAAAUUUAAAGAUGGUGUCGAGAGUUGUGCUUUUGAUUUAACAUCCCCUGAUGACAUACUCUGGUAUACAUUUUAUUUGACAAUAACAACUUUCUUUUUCCCUUUACCUUUGAUUUUGGUGUGCUAUAGUUUAAUUUUAUGCUAUACUUGGGAGAUGUAUCAACAAAAUAAGAAUGCCGGAUGUUACAAUCCCAGUGUUCCAAGGCAGAGAGUGAUGAAGCUGACAAAGAUGGUGUUGGUGCUGGUGGCAGUAUUUAUUCUAAGUUCUGCUCCCUACCACGUGAUACAACUGUUGAACUUACAGAUAGAGCAGCCCACACUGGCCUUCUAUGUGGGCUAUUACCUCGCCAUCUGUCUUAGCUAUACCUGUAGCAGCAUUAACCCUUUCCUCUACAUCCUGUUGAGUGGAAAUUUCCAAAAAUGUGUACCUCAAAUUCAAAGGAAGUUGACUGAGAGGAAAAUCAACAAUAUGGAAAACACCCUGAAAUCAAGCUCUUAG